GGGCUGCUACGUGUCCCGGAAUAGAGGCUCAUAACUGGCGACAUGGCGUCUCAACAGCAGGGAGAAGUUGAUGAGCUUUUUGAUGUCAGAAAUUCAUACUAUAUUGGGAGCUACCAGCAGUGCAUCAAUGAAGCACAAAAGGUCAAGCCUUCAAGCAAAGAAAAAGAAAUUGAAAGAGAUGUGUUCCUUUAUAGAGCCUACAUUGCUCAAAAAAAAUAUGGUGUGGUUCUAGAAGACAUAAAGGCUAACUCUUCUCCAGAACUGCAGGCAGUACGGAUGUUUGCAGAGUUUCUUUCCAGUGAGAGUAAAAGGGAAUCCAUUCUAGCUGAGCUUGAUAAAAAGAUGGCAAAAAGUGUUGAUGUUGCCAACACAUCAUUUCUGCUGAUGGCCGCUGCCAUUUACUUGCAUGACAACAACACAGACGCUGCCUUACGCACACUGCAUCAGGGUGAAAGCCUUGAAUGCUCGGCAAUGACAAUACAGGUACUGCUGAAGUUGGACAGACUGGAUUUAGCACGCAAAGAGCUAAAGAAGAUGCAGGAGCAGGAUGAAGAUGCAACCCUGACUCAGUUAGCCACAGCCUGGGUGAAUUUGGGCAUUGGUGGCGAAAAGCUACAGGAUGCUUACUACAUCUUCCAGGAGCUGUCUGAUAAAUACUCGUCCACUUUGCUGCUACUGAAUGGCCAGGCUGUGUGCCACAUGGCCCAGAACAAGUGGGAGGAUGCAGAGGGAGCCCUACAGGAGGCCCUUGAGAAGGACAGCAGUCACCCAGAGACUUUAGUCAAUCUUAUUGCCCUAACACAACACUUGGGAAAACCCCCUGAGGUGACAAACCGUUAUCUUUCUCAGUUGAAGGAUGGAAGCAAAGAUCACCCUUAUUUGAAAGAUUAUUUGGUGAAGGAAAAUGAUUUCAACCGCUUGGCGAUGCAGUACUCACCCAGUGGAUGAGAGAGGGAGUCGCCAAACUACAUGGGAUCUUCAGUUUUUCCCUCUGUGCAUAGUCCUGGACUGACAUCUUUAAACCAAAAGUUGUGCAACAGAUGAGAUCGGCUAAUAAACAUCCGUCUAUUGUGAGUUGUGGGAAACUGGUCUAA